CGCUUCCUCAGUCUGGGCUCCAAAGUCACUGCAAAUUUCCUUGCGACACAUACAUCACACAAAAGAUCAGAGACUGCGGGAGCGUUGGGGCCGACAGAGACAGAUUACGUCAAGAAAUAGUUCCUCCACCUACCUCGGCCGGCCUCCCCGCCCCUAUGGGGGCUCCCUCGCCCAGCUCAGGCCCUGGGGGGUGUCCAGGAACCCCGAGGAGGGGGUGGACCUGGCAUUUUCACCCCCAUUAAAAAAAUCUUCGUGAUAGGGAGGGGGGAGCCAUCUGCUUACGGGUGGACACGGGCCAGGGGGGGUUCCCUGAUGAGACGUGAGCCGUCCUGGGGGGGGGUUGGCAGGCGCCUUGGGUCUUCUAGUUGCAGACCCCCAAGAAAGCGCAGGUCGCGGGGAUCAGCAGAGAGAAGGGGUUGAGGUGAGGGGGGGGGAGAAAAAAAAAGCCAGGGCAGAGGGGAAAAAAAAAAAAAAGCCCCUGCGCAUUGAUCCGCGCCGUAUUUUUGGGUAAAUACGAUCACGUGGGGGCUGGAGAGCCAAUGAGCUGCCGGGAAAAGGCUGGAAAAAUAAUUACCUGCCUUGAUUGUUCUGUGAGCAGAUAAAAAGUACAUAUACAGUUCAUACAAUAAUCUUAUGUAUGUAAAACCCCGUUACGAUGUCGGCGACGGGGCCCAUCAGUAACUAUUACGUGGACUCGCUCAUCUCCCACGACAAUGAAGACCUCCUAGCGUCCAGGUUUCCGGCCACGGGGGCUCACCCCGCCGCCGCCAGACCCAGCGGCUUGGUGCCGGACUGUAGCGAUUUUCCGUCCUGUAGCUUCGCGCCCAAGCCGGCAGUGUUCAGCACGUCGUGGGCGCCCGUGCCCUCGCAGUCGUCCGUGGUCUAUCACCCGUACGGCCCCCAGCCCCACCUCGGCGCCGACACGCGCUACAUGCGGACUUGGCUCGAGCCGCUGUCCGGCGCCGUCUCCUUCCCUAGCUUCCCGGCCGGGGGUCGUCACUACGCCCUCAAACCGGACGCCUAUCCCGGGCGCCGCACCGACUGCGGCCCGGGCGACGGCCGCAGUUACCCGGACUACAUGUAUGGCUCGCCCGGGGAGCUGCGCGACCGCGCCCCGCAGACACUGCCCUCGCCCGAGGCGGACGCCCUCGCCGGCAGCAAGCACAAAGAGGAGAAGGCCGACCUGGACCCCAGCAACCCUGUGGCCAACUGGAUCCACGCCCGCUCCACGAGGAAGAAGCGCUGCCCCUACACCAAGUACCAGACGCUGGAACUGGAGAAGGAGUUUCUCUUCAAUAUGUACUUAACCAGGGACCGUCGGUAUGAGGUGGCCCGGGUUCUCAAUCUCACCGAGCGGCAGGUCAAAAUCUGGUUUCAGAACCGAAGGAUGAAGAUGAAAAAGAUGAAUAAAGAGAAAACCGACAAGGAGCAAUCCUAAAACCUGCCCCAGCCUGCUGCCUCGGCACCAGCCAAGAGAAUAAUAAUAAUAAAAAAGAACAACAAAAACCCCACAAAAAAUAUCCCAACCCAGGCGGGAGAAAGCACGAAAGAAAAGGAAAGAGCAAGAUAGAGAAAAAGUCAAGCAGCUUAACAAGGAAAAAAAAAAAAAGAGGAGGGGGAAAAGGAAAACUCUUGCAAUUUGGGAGGGUUAAGUGUUGAAAAAUUGAUGUUUUAGAGUUAGUUCUAUCCAUCGAGGAGAGAAGGCAGGAGAGAAACAGAGAAACUACGUUCUCUCAACCCAGCGCAACUGAAAUAAAUGACACACACAAAUGUGAUUUUUUUCUCCUUUCUUCAGAGAAGCCAGUACUUGAAUUGCUAUAUUUCUAAUUUUUUCCUCCUGUAUCAUAUUUGGUUCAGGCCAUCCCUUCCUGGGCCUUGGGCACUCUGCGUGCAGUUUUGUACAAAAAAAAAGAGACACAUACACACACAAAGAUGAUUUCCAGCCCUGGAGCUGAGGGGCGAGGGCCAGGACUGAGCUGCAGGCUGGGUCGGGCGGCGCAGGCCGGUGCCUCGGGCGUGUAUAUAGCAGUGUCCCCUCUCACCCCCAGCGGCUGUCCCCAGCGUCCGUCCUGUAAUGUGCUUCUGUUUGUUAUGGUAGAACAGCUCUGUGUUAAUAUAUCGAAGUCACUUAA